AUGUUAUUUACCAGCGCAAUUUGGUGUCAAUUACGGCGAUUGUGUCCACUGUCACUAAGCUCCAGUAUCGUGGCUCCGUCGGGCAUUAAUCUUGUAUGGGGAAGUGGCAAAGGGCAACAGCGUAUACAGCCAGCUUCAGGCAUCGCCAACUUCCCUGCAACAACUAAUUCGCCGCUGAAUAUCUCGGUAGCGAUCGGAAACCGCGUGGUCUGUUAUAUACCUGUGUGGAGUAACGCCACUGUUGCAUCAUUGGAGACGAAGAUUGCGCGAUCGUGUACAUUUGCCAAAUAUUUGAGAACUGUCAAAGUCAAUGUGACGUCGAACACUGCAGGGGCAACAAUUAUUGACAUUUUCUACGACGUUUGUCAUUUACGUGUUCAAUAUGUAUCCACUCGUCCAAUUCCAUUCGCGCCGACUACAGAGCCUACUCCAACUGACACCUGCGUUGAAUGCAAGAGAUUGGCACUGGACGUGUGUCUUCGAGAUGCCAAAUGUGCAGCCAUGGCAGAUUGUGUCAUGCAACAAAGCAGUGGUACCACGAUCACAAUAGGAACCAGACUCUCAUUCGAAGCAGGUGUAAACUCGUGCCUUCCCGCAGCGAUCGCUAACGGCGUAUCAAGCGUGGAUGUCAAUGGUGCGUCGUGGCGUAAACUGGUGAAUGCCAGCGCUUGCUACAGCCGCACUGCUUGUCCACUCGCACUAGCUCGCGUCUUGUCUUCAUCGUGCCUUGCGGACUUAAAGAUCCCGUUGUCACUUGUCCGUGAUGGUGUUACCGUCACUUUGUCGAUCUCCACUGAUGCUGAUUCCUUGGCAAUUUCUCUUCGUGCACUCAUUCAGUACGACGAUAUCCAAGUCUCAGCUGACAGCGCAGCGUCCACCUCAUGGACGAUCUCGUAUGGACAUUGGAUUGGAUCGUUGCCUCCUUUUAUACCGACCGGGAACAAGGUGUGGACGCUCGUGGGGUAUCCAACCAUCGUGAGUGGUGUUGCUAUACCAAACGAAAGUAUCUUAGAGCUCGUGUCUCGCACUACUUCUGCAACUGCGUCAAGCACAACAACGAGCCAAUAA